GCAGGAAAGUCGGUGGAGCGUGGUGGGCACGAAGCUUUAACGACGAAGUUCAAAGGGACACCUGCUAGCUUCCAUCGCCCUUCCAAUUCACCACCACCGUAGCUUUCUCCUACCGCCGCCACCGACGACUAGUGCAGCUUCUAAAACCAUCGGCCUUUCCUCUCUUAGUAUUCAAAACAAGAGUUUUUGUGCAGGGAAUACCUUGUUCUUCGGGAUGCAGUGUGGUACGCGCGUAAUGACUUCAAAGUCGCGAUCAUGAUAAUUGUUCCGCAAGUCUGGUCUGGAAGUAGCCUCAACAAGAAUAAAGGAUUGGUGGACCAUCUGCAGUCUUUUGGAAUUAUCCAAUCGAAAAAAGUGGCAGAAGUAAUGGAAACUGUUGACAGGGGAUUGUUCGUUCCUGAUGGGUCCCCAGCCUAUUUAGACAGUCCCAUGCAAAUAGGUUUUAAGGCCACCAUUUCUGCACCUCAUAUGCAUGCUACUUGCCUUCAGUUGUUGGAGGAUAAUUUGCAGCCCGGGAUGCAUGCUUUGGAUGUUGGUUCAGGAACUGGGUACUUGACUGCAUGCUUUGCACUUAUGGUCGGAUCACACGGUCGCACAAUUGGCGUGGAACAUAUUCCCGAGCUGGUUUCGACAUCGAUCAAGAACAUUGAAAAAACUGCAGCUGCUCCAUUACUCAAAGAUGGCUCUCUUGCAUUGCAUGUUGGUGAUGGUAGAAAAGGGUGGCCGGAAUAUGCACCAUAUGAUGCUAUUCAUGUUGGGGCAGCUGCACCGGAGAUACCACAACCACUUAUUGAUCAGUUGAAGCCUGGGGGUAGGUUGGUAAUUCCGGUGGGGACGAUAUCACAGGACUUGAAAGUUGUGGAUAAGAAUCUGGAUGGUUCCGUCACCAUUCGUAGCGAGACUUCAGUUCGUUACGUGCCUCUUACCGAUCGAGAAACUCAGUUGCGAGGCUACUAAUGUUUACGGUAACGCUCGGCGACUGCUUUUGUGCAUAUGUAUGUAAAAAGACGAAUAAGGAUCAAUCACAGUCGCAUUUGCACGUAUUCCGUUUGCUCGUGUCGGAUAUCAAAUUUGCAUAAUUUAUUUAAUAUAUCAUCAAUUUUUCA